AACAUACUUUAAAAUGUAUUUGGCUAUGCGUUAGUAUGUGUUAGUGCGUAUUCGUGUUAAUAAAGCCAAUACGCGCUCUACUCUACUGCAGAUAUCGCUUGGCUCUACAGAAAUUCAAAAGAAGAAAUUCGUAUGAAGAGCGCGCAGCCAGUAAAAAAAGUAUAUCUGUCUCUGUCACACUAGGCCACCAAACACUUCUUGUAUUCAAGAAGUAUACAAAGAAAACGAAAACAAAUAAUUCCUUAUCAUUAAUUAAGUUAGUCAUCGUAAAUCACCUUAAAGUGCAACGAUGUAAAAAAACGUGUGGGAUACAAGUCCCCUCACUCAUCAAUACUAUUCAGCACUCUCUAAGCUGGCCUCGAAAUGAGCAACGGGCACAAAACUAACCAAGGCCAAGGUGCUUCUGCUUCUGGCGCAGCUGCAACAGCAGAUGGCAAUGCGAGCUCCAAUAUACGACAACGACCCAGUACAAGCGCAAUCGGCAGUGUGGAACAGCCGAGCACAAAGGAGAAACGCAGCUGGUUCCAUUCGUUAACCAGGCGCAAAAAGUCUGACUCAGCGCUGGCCUGCUGCAGUUCCAUAACCCCACACACAGCACAGCUACAAAACAACAACAAUGAACCCAUGGCAGGCACCAUGGCAGCCAGCACCAGUUCAGCUGGAGACAACACGCUAGGCGGUAACGGCAGCAACUUGGGCAAGCGCAAGGACAAAAAGAACGUGUUCACACGCAUACGCAAGAAGAUGGGCCUGGGAUUGAGUGCGCUACGCAAUUGGCACUCUAUGGGCGAUGAUUGUGACAGCGAUGGUGGCACAACAGAUGCCAUGUAUGAGUUUCUUACGGCGCCCAUACGCUCGGAGCCUAGUCUAACAUUUACGCACAAUUACAAGCGUUUCAUACGCAAGAAGUGGCUGGAACAGCAGGAUACACCAAAUGAGGUCAUGUAUAAGGCCUGCUCAGAAAUGCUGGAACAAGUUUGGUACUGGGGCGAGAUCUCCAGGCGCGACUCGCAACGUCAGCUAAGCGAUAAGCCCACAGGUUCGUUUUUGGUGCGAGACUCAGAGACGAGCGGCUCACAGUUUACGCUCAGCUUUCGCAUAUUGAAUGUGACGCUGCACUAUCGUCUGGAGUAUCGCGAUGAGUUUUGGCAUUUUGAGGAGCUCAAAUACGAGUCCAUUGUGGAGAUGAUUGAGGAUAUCUUGCGUCGCUGCACCAAUGAUAAUUUUGUCUGCUUUGUUAAGGUGCCCAACGAGAUGCAGCCGCCGUUCCCAGUGAUUCUCAAGUAUCCAUUAAGUCGUUACUUGAAUAUGCCCAAACUGCAGGAUCUUUGCCGACGUGUGCUACAAAGCCAAAUGCCCGUCACAAAGCUCAUGCAGCUGCCAGUGCCAGCACAAAUGCUUGAAUAUCUGUGCGUCAAGCGUGAGCUGGUGUUCCAGAGCUAAGCGCGCGUUCCAUACACUGGUAUAAGCUUUAAACUAAAGGAAGCGAGGAAGCAAACCAAAGAGGUUAAGGCAGCUGAAGCGCAUUAAAGGCACUGCCAAAAUAGAGCAGGGACCGCAAACUCUACACAAAAACUCUUGUCGCUUGCAUUUUCGUAAACUUUUAAACUAUUAUAUUAUAUUAUUGUAAUUUUCCCAAUGCUGGUCCCUGACUAAAGUGAAUUGUCUUUUAAAAGCGCCAAGUCUUUCAGAAGCAAUUAAACACGCACACAAACGAAACUAGAUACUAUAUAUCGUAUAUACUAUUAUAUAUAUAUACGACAUACAUACCAUGCAUACAUAUAUAAGCUAUAUGAAUAUAUGUGUGUUUUUACUCUAUUACUGUAUUAACUUUAAGUACUACGUGUUAUCGGCAUUAUGUCUAUUUGAACUUUGGUCAAAAACGUCUGUGCGCCUAUUUGAUAUUGUAAUUAGUUUAUACAAGCACUAAUUAAUAUAUUUGUACUAAUCUGUGUAUUACAAACAGGGACCGUAACGGUUAUAAUUUAAAUGAA